UUCCAGGGGUUAGGGUUAGGGUUAGGGUUAGGAUAACCCUACACUCUUUCAAAGUGACCUGCCGUUCCAGGGGUUAGGGUUAGGGUUAGGGUUAGGGUAACCCUACAAGCCGUCAAUAGAUCGGUCAACACUCCCUGCAUCAACCCCCUAGCCUUUCACAUCCACUCUCGGCAUAAGCAAAAACCCGACAUACGUUCUUCAACCGAACGGGGUAAGGAGUCCCGAGUAAGAACUGAAUGAAAACAUGAGUGUAGAGUUGGCAGAAAGCAGCUUGUUGUUGUUGGAUGUCGCGUUGAGCAGCGACGGACGGGCGAUGAGGUCCAGGAUGAGGUCACACGUCUCCACUCCACUGACUCCAGGCGAAACUUGGCAACGAGAGACAAAAACACUGCACACUCCGUCCUCCCGAGUUCUGCGCAUACAUACAGACAGUACCCUCAGACACUCUUCUCAGCAUGCCGCUCAUCUACGCCUUAACCUCCCGGGGCUCCAUCAUCCUCGCAGAGCAUGCUGCGACGACAGGCAACUUCCAGCAGGUCACGCAGCAUAUCUUGGAGAGGUUGCCCGAGCAGGAGGAGGGAAAGGACGGGGAGACGAGGAUGACGUUUGUUUAUGAUCGCUACCUCUUCCACCACUUGACCUCGCAUGGCAUCACCUUUCUCUGCCUCGCGGACGACGGGUUCGGCCGCCGCAUCCCAUUCGCAUUCCUCGAAGACCUCAAGCAGCGGUUCGAGAAGACCUACGGCUUUGAACGGCCAAAGCAUGCGAUUGCGUAUGGGCUGAACGAGUUUUCCAGGGUUAUCCAGGCUCAGAUGGAACACUUCAACAACACGCCUCAAACCGACCGCUUCCACAACGUACAAUCCGAGAUCGACGCCGUGCGCGACGUCAUGGUCACCAACAUCGAAAAAGUGCUCGAGCGCGGGGACAGAAUUGAGAUCCUAGUCGACAAAACCGACACGUUGAACGCGACAUCGUUUGCGUUCAAGAAGCGGUCGACGGCGUUGAGGAGGCGGGAGUGGUGGAAGAAUACAAAGUUGAUGGUGCUUAUGGGUGUUGGGGUGCUGCUUGUGAUUUGGUUUGUGGUCACGGCGAGGUGUGGGUUUACGUUUAGUGAUUGCAAGGCCUGAGGAAUCCUACAUCAAUCCCGCUCGACAUCCACCAUCGCCCGAUUUUUGUAAUCCCAUGCGCAUCAGCAUCCCCGCGCCCAUCCCAUUGUACAUCGCCUCCCUAAGUUUUGAAUCUUCGCCAAAACCCCCUUGCACGAUAUGUUUCCCUCCCCCGACCGCCAUGUUGUUCCACGUUUCCCCCCAUAUUCCGCCAAUGUCCCCCCCCACACAUUCCGCCACACAUGUACAUAACAGUUUCGCAGUUUCGACAAAUGAAUGAGAAUUUCGUGUCUAUCCAAGU